AUGGCGGACUCCAUGGAAGAGGUCCUGCUCCCUCCCCCUUCUAAGAACCAUCAGUCCGACAGCGACGGGCCAGCUGUGCGGAGCACCGUGAGCACAAAGGGAAUCAUGCCUGUGCCCAAGAAAGCAGGUAAGAAGCCAUCUUCACCUGAGUCUGCCACCUCAGAGAAGCUGCCGCCAUAUGAGCCGAAUGUCCCCGAACCAAACACCAGGGCCGACUUCAUGAAAUACUGGGUCCCCGUCUCUCUGGAUGAUAAAACUUCACAGAAACUGUUGUGGAUUUCAGAGGGCGGGGCCAAGGUGGCCCGUACGUCCGACGCAGUCUGCCCAUAUCCCAACAGGCCUGAGCGAUACGAGCACUCGCCUCAGGUGCUGUGUAAGGAGAAUCUGCUGGGCCAUCGGGGGUACUGGGAGGUGGACUACGAUGGCUGGGUGGUGAUCGGGUUGGUCUGCGAAAGCGCGCCCCGCAAGGACGGGCCCUGCGGCCUCGGGGAGAACAACGGCUCCUGGGGCGCCGGCUGGUCUGGAUCCUGCUACCAAGUCUGGCACAACGGCGAGAACGUGGACGUCCAGCUCCCCCUGACCUCCACGAUGGGCAUCUACAUCGACCAGCCCGCCGGCAUCAUCAAGUUCCUCUUGGUGGAGGGGGAAGGCGAGAAGGAGGUGCGCCUGAUUCACAAGUUCAAGGUCAACAUCCAGGAGAAGAUUUUCCCCGGGUUCUGGGUCGGAACACAUUCGUUCUGCCUCAUUCGGAAAAAGGAUCAGUGA